AUGGGUAUUAGUCUGCUGGAGGCGAUUCUUCAUUCUAAGCAAAUUAUUCAAAGUACGGUACUAAUCGAUGUUCCAAAAGGCCAUUUUGCCAUAUACGUGGGAGAGAAAGAGAGGAAAAUGAAGAAGCGCUUCGUGGUUCCAAUAUCCUACUUAAAGCAUCUUUUGUUCCAAGACUUGUUGUUUAAAGCUGCGGAAGAGUUUGGCUUCGAUCACCAAAUGGGAGGCCUCACAAUUCCUUGUGCCGAAGAGGAUUUCAUCAAUCUCACCUCUCGUUUAAAUAGCUCCAUUAGAAGCUAA